GAAGCAGGGGUGGGUUCAUGUGAAGAGCCUGGAGUGCAGUGGAUAGCGGUUCCUGCAGCUGACCUGCAGUGAGUGCAUACACUGGACACAGAAUUUUCUGGGCCCCCUUUCAACAGAGCCAUGGGUCAGUUAUUCUCUAAUACAUCCAAGGAUGAAGACAGUGGAGAUUUGCUGUCCAGCUUCACUAAAUAUUUUAAGAAGAUUAAGACAGAAAACAAAAUUAUUUCUCAGGAAACCAUUCGUUUAAUAGAAUUUCAUCUGAAAAGAGGAAACAUUCGGGAGGCACAAUCUGUAAUCAGUGAUGCAUUAAAAAAUAUUGAUAACACCCCAAUCAACAUUGCUGUGACAGGAGAGUCUGGAGGAGGGAAGUCCAGCUUCAUCAAUGCCCUGAGAGGGGUUAGAGAUGAUGAGAAAGGUUCAGCUAAAGUUGGGGUAACAGAGACAACCAUGAAGAGAACUCCAUACAAACACCCUAAAAUUAAAACUUUGACUUUAUGGGACCUGCCUGGCAUUGGAACUAUGAAAUUUCCACCAAAAGAUUAUCUGGAGAAAGUGAAAUUCCAAGAAUAUGACUUCUUCAUUAUUGUUUCUGCCACACGUUUUACAAAACUUGAACUAGACCUUGCCAAAGCAAUCAGAAUUAUGAAAAAGAAUUACUACUUUGUGAGAACCAAGGUGGACAUUGAUUUACAAAAUGAAAAGAAAUGUAAACCAUGUGCCUUUGACAGAGAAAAUAUCCUGCAGCAGAUCCGAAGCUCCUAUGUGAAUUCUUUUCGUGACAAUAACAUGGAUGCACCACAGAUUUUCUUGAUUUCCAACCACAAUUUAUCUGACUAUGAUUUUCCAGUUCUGAUGGGCACCCUGAUUCAGGAUCUUCCUGCUCAAAAGCGCCACAAUUUUAUACUUUCCUUGCCUAAUAUCACAGAGGCAGCCAUUGACAGAAAGCACAAGUCUAUGCAGCAGUUUAUCUAUUUACAAACCUCCUUACUUGAAUUGUUCACUGUUCUUCAUGUACCAGGCAAGGAGUGUGACAAGGAGAAGCUGGCAGCAAGUUUAAACCACUAUCGAGUCCUCUUUGGAGUGGAUGAUACAUCCUUGGAAUCCAUUGCUAAGGAUUCCCAAGUGCCUGUUGAACAACUGAAAAAAAUCAUUAAAUCUCCUUAUUUGUUUGAAACUAAGAAUAGGGAAACAUUAGAAGAAAAGUUUGUCCAAUAUUUAGAGAAAUUGUAUAAUGAUAAGCUCCUUGUUAUAGAUCCUGACAUUGAGAAAAUCUUUUACUUUCAACGGGUUUUCCUCGACACAGUGACUGAAGAUGCCAAAGUUCUCCUUAGAGAGACAUUGAAAAAACUAGUUCAAACUCAACCUAUCCACAGCCACUGACUGUGGCAAUAUGAAAUGGUUAUUACCAGGUAGUCAUCAGAUAAAUUCUUCCUCUAAUAUAUUUUCUUUACACUGGCCAAUCCAUUACCAUCAUGAGGAAACCUAAGCAUAGGGUCAUGUGUAUUAAUAUGUCAGAACAUGACUAUCACCAAUACCUCUUCAACUCUCUACUUUCUCCCAUUCUUUCCUCUCUGUAUUUCAACUUCACAUGCACACUUGAAUACACACACACAGAGAAACAGACACACAUGUACACACACAAAAGAUAUGAAUAGAUGUUUUGUAGCUACUGCUUCCUAAUCAAAACAUUCUAACAAAGACUCUGAAAGCUGGGCGCUUUAUGCUCAGUGCAUAAAGCACUUGGCAUGUACAUUUGAGGACCAGAGCUCAAUUUCCAGAACCCACAUAAAUGUUGAGUGGGUGUGGCAAUUAUCUUGUAAUUCUACACUCAGAAGAUAGAGAUAAUGGGACCAUGGACCAAGCUGGCUAGCUAGAGUGUGUAUACCUGCAAGUUUUAGGUUCAGUUGAGAGACCCUGCCUUAAUGACAAAGGUAGAAAGCCAACGAGGAGGAGGCCCAACAUAAGUCUGAAAUACCCACACACAGGUAAACAUGCAUGCCACAAACAAGACACAUUUUAAAUAUAAACUAAAAUAAGACUCAGAAAGAAAAUCACAGGUCUCAGAAAUUCAAAGGGUUUAUGAAGCUAUCCUCAAGGUUAUAUAAGUAGUAUGCAUUUUGGGGAGUGGGUGGGGAUGCAGUUCAUACCAGCUGAGGUGCUUGCACAUCCUGCAGGGGCCUCCAUGGCUGCAGCUGAGGUGCUUGCAUAUCCUGCAGGGGCCUCCAUGGCUGCAGCUGUGGUGAAUCAUUGCCAUGCUGCAGUGGGCUUUUUCAGUGAUGCAGCUGUCAUUGGAUCAAUGCUCCUGUAAGCAACCUUCAUCCUAAUAACCUCACUUAUUCAUGAGCUAGACAUGGAAGACAUUGUUUCUUUGGUCUGUCAUGGUUGUUCAGAUGGGGUGAGUAGACAUUUGUUUUUUAUCUCCCCUCAAAAUCAUGUAACAUAGUAGAUGCUUUGAGUAGGGAUCUGAAGAACCAAAAAUGAGUUGAGGAAGACUGGUCUUGUCCUUACAAUGGGUGCUGACAUAUGGAAGUGAGGCUGACCAUGUGAUCAGUCUCCUCAAUCUUACACCAAGACAUAUCUAAAUAGAAACUGGACGUAAAAGGGUAGAUAAUGGUGGGUUGUUGGAACAGAGAAUCCUGUCCAUUGUCUGUGGUGGGUGCACAUGCAGCACAACUAGGGGUAGGUAAUGUCCUAGGAUGGUAGGUGCAGUCUUAAAAUGGGGAUUUGCAUACAUAAUACCUGCAGGUGAAGUUCCUAGAUUGCCCAGUGCACCAUCAGAAGAGGAGUAUAUGUAAAACCCAAACCAAGAGGAGCCCAGGUUGCUAAGCUAUCCUCAUGUGCUUGUCUACUUAAGGGGAGGACAGAGGGCAAUAGAAAGUUCUAAUAAAACCCUAAUAAACUCACUGACUCAUUAAACCAGA